CAUCACCUACAACUUUAGCAUAUCAUAAAAUGGCAGCAGAGGCAUCUUCAUCGUCUGUACGAUCUCUGUAUCGCACAUUCAACCGCGAACUAAUAAAAGGAAUCCUCAAGCCACGUCCAGUAGCAGUCAGACGUCAAGAUGCACUACCGACCUACGUUCGAAGGAUGUUACGCGAUGAAUCUGCAGAAGCCAAAGCCUCUUCUCUUCAAAGAUUAAACAAUAUCACCCUUCUGAUACGAAACACUCGGGUUCAUGGAGAGCUGUUGGCUCGUUAUAAUCCUGUUUACGGUAAAUCAGAACAAGAACGUAUUCGUGCAACUGCAAAUAGAGUAGGAUUGGAGGUGCCAGAUCUAUACGAAGACGCUGAGAAGCAGGUGGAAGAGGGUAUCGAUGAGAAGUACAGAUCUUGAUCAAAGUGUCCGAGUCAUAGCAAUCGUGUACAAUAUCAGUAACCAAAAUGUGAUCCUGUUUCACUCUAUUAAGACAUGCGCCCUCGAAAUAAAAUGCAAGAUACAAUAAAGAAAGAUAAGAAUAUACAGUAGGGAAACACAUACAAAAUUGGAACAAAUCUAAGAUAGAUUACAUGACCGAGCAUCCUCUCGGGUCUUCUCCUUCAUCG